AUGCGUCGACUGGGGAAUUGUCGUGUAGGCAACUGUUUACGCUACUGGUUAUGUAAUGAUUCAACGGCUUCCAGUGGAUGGCGGCCUUGUCUUAGUCACCAAUAUAGUCCACUUGCACGAAUGGAUUUCAAAUUCAACCCUGUUUCACAAUCGCCUCUAGUCGUGGAUUCAAGUGCCUGUAUGACCCAGCUGGAAGCGGAACCAGAUGGUAGUCUCUAUGUUAGUGUUACAAUGCCCUGUAUCGAAGUGGGCACAGUGGGGGGUGGAACCCGUUUACCAGCUCAACGCGGGUGCUUGGAUAUGCUUGAUCUUCAAGUUGAACGACCUUCUGAACACUUGGCACGUCUGAUUGCCGGGGUGGUCUUAGCAGGGGAGAUAUCCCUCUUGGCAGCUCUAGCAACGAAUGAUCUUGUUCAAGCUCACAUGCAACUCAAUCGAGCUGCGGUGGCCGUAGCUGUAGCAACCGCGGGG